CCCUUUUCGUUCACUGGGGGCGCCAAAAACCCCUUUAUCAAAAAUAACAAAAAAAUUAAAAAAUUAAAAAAUAAAAAAAAAAAGAACACAGAGAGAUAAAUAUUAGAGAAAUCCAGAGAGAGAGAGAGAGAGAGAGAGAGACGGAGAGAUGAGCGAGUUGCAAACCCAGUCAUCGUUCAUCGGAGUUCAAAGCAUGGCAUACCAUAAAGCAGUGAAGGAAGCCCUAAAUGCACUCUAUCAUCACCCGGACGACGCCGUUCGUGUCGACGCCGAUCGAUGGCUUCAAGAGUUUCAGGGCUACCUCGACGCCUGGCAGGUUGCUGAUGACUUGCUUCAUGAUCCCACCAGCAAUUUAGAAACCUUAAUCUUUUGUUCCCAGACUCUUAGAAGCAAGGUACAGCGAUAUUUUGAAGAACUACCAUCUACAGCUUUUCGCCCAUUACGGGAUUCAUUAAAUAAUUUACUGAGAAAAUUCCACAAGGGUCCUCCUAAAGUCAGAACUCAGAUUAGCAUUGCAGUUGCUGCUUUGGCUGUACAUGUUCCUGCAGAAGAUUGGGGGGAUGGUGGUAUUGUGAAUUGGCUACGGGAUGAAAUGACUAUGCAUCCAGAGUACAUUCCAGGGUUUUUGGAGCUACUUACAGUUUUACCUGAGGAAGUAUAUAACUAUAAGAUAGCAGCUCGUCCAGAAAGACGACGUCAAUUUGAGAAGGAGCUUACUUCUCAAAUGGAGGUUGCUCUUAAUAUCUUAACAGCUUGCUUGAAUUUCAAUGAGCUUAAAGAGCAGGUUCUAGAGGCAUUUGCUUCUUGGCUUCGACUAAAGCAUGGGAUCCCUGGAAGUGUGCUUGCAUCUCACCCCUUGGUGCUCACUGCUUUGUCAAGCUUAAAUUCUGAAAUACUUUCAGAGGCAGCUGUAAAUGUUAUAUCUGAGUUGAUACACUAUACAGUAGCAGGAAGCUCUGGUGGGUUUUCUGUGCAGAUGCCCUUAAUUCAAGUGAUUGUGCCUCAAGUAAUGAGUCUUAAGGCACAACUUAGAGAUGCUUCAAAGGAUGAGGAAGAUGUGAAGGCCAUUGCGCGAUUGUUUGCAGACAUGGGUGAUUCAUAUGUUGAACUGAUUGCAACUGGUUCUGAUGAAUCAAUGCUGAUAGUCCAUGCAUUACUGGAAGUUGCUUCACACCCAGAAUAUGAUAUUGCAUCAAUGACAUUCAAUUUUUGGCACAGUUUGCAGGUGAACUUGACCAAAAGGGAUUCCUAUAUAUCACUUGGUAAUGAAUCAUCCAUAGAAGCUGAGAGAAAUAGAAGGCUGCAAAUUUUUCGUCCAGCAUAUGAAUCACUUGUUUCCCUGGUAAGCUUCCGAGUUCAAUAUCCGCAGGAUUUUCAAGACCUUUCAUAUGAAGACCUCAAGGAAUUUAAACAUACUAGAUAUGCUGUUGCGGAUGUCUUAAUUGAUGCGGCAUCGGUUCUAGGUGGUGAUUCAACACUUAAAAUUCUUUACAUGAAGCUUUUUGAGGCUGUGGGUAGGUAUCAGAAUGAUGGACAAAAUGAAUGGCGUCUGGCCGAGGCUGCUUUGUUUUGCAUCCGUGCUAUAUCAAAUUAUGUCUCAAUUGUUGAAGCUGAAGUAAUGCCCCAGGUUAUGACUUUACUUCCAAAACUUACUCAACAUCCCCAGCUACUUCAGACAGUGUGCUUAACGAUUGGAGCAUAUUCAAAGUGGCUUGAUUCUGCACCCAAUGGACCUUCUAUUCUGCCUUCAGUCAUAGAGAUCCUCAUGAGUGGCAUGGGUACAUCAGAGGAUUCUGCAGCGGCUGCAGCUCUAGCUUUUAGACACAUCUGUGAUGAUUGCCGGAAAAAGCUUUGUGGAUAUGUGGAAGGGCUCUUUCAUAUAUAUCGUAUAGCAGUGAAUGGAGAAGGUGGUUUUAAAGUCUCUGCAGAGGACUCAUUGCAUCUUGUUGAAGCAUUGAGCAUGGUUAUUACAGAACUUCCAAUAGACCAUGCUAAGAGGCCUCUGGAGGAGUUAUGCUUGCCAGUUGUUUCUCCUUUACAGGAAAUUGUCAACCAAGGCCCAGAAGUAAUAAAUAAGAAAACUGCACGUGAGCUAACAGUACACAUUGAUCGGUUUGCAUACAUUUUUAGAUAUGUAUGUCACCCUGAAGCUGUGGCAGAUGCAAUUCAGAAGUUAUGGCCAAUUUUUAAAGCCAUCUUUGAUCUUCGUGCUUGGGACAUGCGGACAAUGGAGUCUCUCUGCCGAGCUUGUAAAUAUGCUGUGAGAACUUCUGGGAGAUACAUGGGAAUUACAAUUGGAGCUAUGCUAGAAGAGAUCCAAGGCCUAUAUAAACAGCAUCAUCAACCAUGCUUUCUUUACCUAUCUAGUGAAGUUAUAAAGAUAUUUGGUUCUGAUCCAUCAUGUGCAAAUUAUUUAAAAAGUUUGAUUGAAACACUAUUCAUGCAAACGACCCAUCUUCUUACGAAUAUUCAGGAAUUUACUGCCAGACCAGAUAUAGCUGAUGAUUGUUUUUUGUUGGCAUCAAGAUGCAUUCGUUAUUGUCCUCAUUUGUUCAUUCCAUCUGCAAUAUUUCCAUCAUUAGUAGAUUGCUCAAUGAUUGGGGUCACAGUGCAGCACAGAGAAGCCUCAAAUUCAAUAUUGACCUUCUUAUCCGAUAUCUUCGAUGUUGCAAACUCUAGCAAGGGAGAACAGUACUUGCCUAUAAGAAACGCUGUCAUAAUUCCUCGAGGACUUACCAUCACAAGAAUUUUGAUUGCUUCAUUAACUGGAGCACUUCCAAGUUCUCGACUAGAACAGGUAACUUACACACUACUAGCGCUUACUCGAGCAUAUGGGGCACAAGCAGUGGAGUGGGCAAACCAAAGUGUUUCUUUAAUUCCAUCAACAGCGGUCACAGAAAACGAGCGAUCAAGAUUUCUGACAGCAUUGUCAGAUGCUGCUUCUGGGGUUAAUAUCAACGCCUUGACAGUUCCAAUCGAAGAACUAUCAGAUGUUUGCCGGCGCAACCGAACAGUCCAGGAGAUUGUUCAAGGAGCGUUGAGGCCACUCGAGUUGAAUAUUACAGCACCAUCUGUAUCAUAAGGAAGACUAGAGUGAGGGGCCAUUUUACUAGGCCUCACCUCUCCGGUAAAAUCAAUCUUACGAGAUUGUGUAUUAGCCUUUUAACUCUAUUCAAUUUUUUCUGGGGGUUCUCCUUUGUAUUUACUAUGAUUCUCCAAUUUUUAAGGAGAAUCAAAUGCCAUUUCAUAUUGGUUGAUGAGAGAGAUGGAAGAAUUGUUGUAUCUAAAUGUUGUUGAGUUGUUGGGAUCUCGAGUGGGGUUGUCAUUUUCAUUUUUCUUGGGGGUUAGAUCAAAAUGGUGGUAUAGAGAUGUAGAUGAAUGUAAUGAAAGAAUUUUAGGCAUUGUUAGGAGUGUUUCAUUCCUCAAAUAGUUUUGAAAUCUUAAAAAAAAAAGAAAAAGGCAUUGGUGGAAAUUUUUGCAUUCA